GUUCACUGCGUUUCCGUAGCCAGCUCGCUACCCGCUGAGCGCUGGCUUGUAACGCGGCUCGCCGAAACGAUUGAUCCCGAUCAAACAACGUUAACGCUCGCCUCCCAAAUGGCGGAUUAACGCGGUUAUCGGAAGGGACACUCUUAAACCAAUGCUUGUGACUCGGGUGUUUUUGUUUUUUUUUGGAGGUAGUGCGUUGGCAACACCCGCGUUAACAUGUGAAAUGAGCGCAGAAAGAUUAACUGUGCGUUAUAUUCUGGCUAACUAGCUAGCAGCUACCUCUCUACACUCAAUCCAAUUAAUGUUAGCUCGCUCGGUCUGUUUUCGUAGCGUCGCGUCUGUAAAAAUGAAGAAGUUUAACAUAAGGAAGGUGCUGGACGGCUUGACAGCGGCGUCCUCUUCCUCCUCCACCUCCGCUCAGCCUGGUACUCCUAAGGAAAACGACACCGUCCUGGAGACUCUCCAGUCGGAACAUUUUCAGCUGUGUAAGACUGUGCGUCAUGGCUUUCCAUAUCAACCAUCCUCCAUGGCUUUUGACCCCGUCCAGAAAAUCCUGGCCGUUGGGACUCAGGCCGGAGCUUUAAGGCUGUUCGGCCGUGCAGGUGUGGAGUGCUACUGUCAGCAUGAGAGCGGUGCUGCUGUCAUCCAGCUCCAGUUCCUCAUCAAUGAGGGGGCGCUGGUGAGUGCCUUAGCUGAUGACAGCAUCCAUCUGUGGAACCUGAGGCAAAAAAUCCCAGCGAUCCUUCAUUCUCUGAAGUUUAACAGGGAGAGAAUCACAUACUGCCACCUGCCCUUCCAGAGCAAAUGGCUGUACAUCGGCACAGAGCGAGGAAACAUCCACAUUGUCAACGUGGAGUCCUUCACCCUCUCAGGCUAUGUUAUUAUGUGGAACAAAGCCAUUGAAUUAUCCACCAAGACGCACCCAGGGCCUGUUGUGCAUAUUAGUGAUAACCCCAUGGAUGAGGGCAAGCUUCUGAUUGGAUUUGAGUGUGGGGUAGUGGUGCUGUGGGACUUAAAAUCCAAGAAAGCAGACUGCCGCUACAAUUAUGAUGAGGCCAUCCACUCAGUUGCUUGGCACCACGAGGGGAAACAGUUUGUCUGCAGCCACUCUGAUGGCACUCUGACCACGUGGAAUGUACGAGCUCCGGCCAAGCCUGCACAGAUCAUCACGCCACAUGGAAAACAGCCUAAGGAUGGAAAAAAGCCAGAGCCAUGCAAGCCUAUCCUGAAAGUGGAGUACAAAACUACCAGAGCUGGGGACCCAUUCAUGGUCCUGUCUGGAGGGCUGUCGUACGACACAGUGGGGAGGAGAGCCUGUUUGACGGUGAUGCACGGAAAGAGCACCACCGUCCUGGAGAUGGACUAUCCCAUCGUAGAUUUCCUAACACUCUGUGAAACUCCAUAUCCAAGCGACUUCCAGGAACCGUAUGCUGUGGUGGUUCUCCUGGAGAAGGAUUUAGUUGUAAUAGAUCUCGGACAGAUUGGGUAUCCAAUUUUUGAGAGCCCGUAUCCGCUGUCCAUCCACGAGUCACCAGUGACGUGUUGCGAGUAUUUUGCCGACUGUCCCUCGGAACUGAUUCCUGCACUCUACUCUGUCGGCAGCCGGCAAAAACGACAGGGCUACAGCAAGAAGGAAUGGCCCAUUAGUGGUGGAAACUGGGGCCAAGGCACACAGACUUACCCAGAGAUAAUCAUCACAGGACAUGCUGAUGGCUCAAUUAAAUUUUGGGACGCUUCUGCAUUAAUGCUUCAAGUGUUGUACAAGCUGAAGACGGCCAAGGUGUUUGAGAGGGCCAGAGGUAAAGAGGAGAAGCCCAGCACGGACAUUGUGGAAGAAGACCCGUUUGCCAUUCAGACCUUGUUCUGGUGUCCAGAGAGCAGGAUGCUCUGCGUGGCUGGAGUCUCUGCUCAUGUCAUCAUCUACAGGUUCAGCAAACAGGAAGUCACCACCGAGGUUGUUCAGCUGCUCGAAAUCCGGAUGCAAUGCGAGUUUAGCGAGGCCGACUCCCCCGAUCCGGGAGGAGACCACACCCCCACCUCUGCAGUUCCCCCCAGCCCUCAGGAAGCUGAGCCUCCAAAUCAGCUCUCUGCAGGCAUCAACUCUUCUGAAGGACCCAGAGACAAUAUACCAUGCCUACAGGUGCGGAGCUCCCCGCUGAAACAGUCUCCGGGCUACCAGGUGGAGCUGGUGGUCCAGCUGGUGUGGGUGAGCGGGGAGCCGCCUCAGCAGAUCACCAGCCUGGCAGUCAACUCCUCCUACGGCCUUGUGGUGUUUGGAAACAGUAACGGUCUGGCUGUAGUGGACUACGUCCAGAAGACGCUGCUCCUCAGCAUGAGUAUUUCGGAGCUGUCCAGCCCAUCCGACCCCUGCCAGAGGCAGCCCUGCUCCCCGCGUAAACCCCGCCAGCCUUCUGGAGGACUUUGCGAUUCUAACGACGCAUCUAACAACUCAGAGGAGCGAUGCAAAUCCCCUACGUCAGGAUCUCCCUCACCCUGCAAUUCAGACGAUGAACGAAAACAGAACUUCAUAGAGAAGGUGAAGUUAAAAAGCAGACGCUUUUCCAAGACGGUUGCCAAUGACUUUGCCAAGAUGUCGCGGAAAAUUAGCUCAUCUGGUGAGCAAAAGCCAGAGCUGGAUGGAAAGGAUAACGCCUUCACUCGCUCACGUAGCUCGAGCGUAACCAGCAUAGACCGAGAAUCUCGAGAGGCCAUCUCCUCCUUCUACUUCUGCGAGAGUUUCCCCAGGAAGUCGGACAGUCAGGUCAGCCCCUGUCUGUUAGUGGGGACCACCCAGGGCUCCGUGAUGAUGGUGGCCCUCAGCAUGCUGCCGGGCGGCGACCAAAAGCCACAGCAGCCGGUUGGCUUUGCCUCCUGCGGCCCCCUGGUCAGACUCAAAGGAGACAUCCUGACUAUGGCCCUGCUGGAUGCUGCUGGGACUCUGCUGCCCCCUACCUAUGAACCAUGGUAUGACCCAAACGCCUCAGACGAAGAGAAAGAGAAGGUCCGGAGGCGCAGGCCGGCCACCCCUCCUACCUCACAGGAGGGCCACGACGCCCAAUUCGCCGUCCUGUGUUCAGAGAAGCAGGCCAAGGUGGUGGCCAUGCCCUCCCAAACCUGCGUCUACAUACACAACAUCACAGAGACGUCUUUUGUGCUGCGGGCCGAUGUGGUGCAGAUGGCCGGCGCUUACUGCCUCGCCUGUUUCUGUGCCAAUGGUCACAUAAUGACUCUGAGUUUGCCAAGCCUGCGACCUCUGCUAGAUGUGAACUACCUGCCGCUGACAGACAUGCGGAUUGCCAGAACGUUCUGCUUCUCUAACUUGGGUCAAGCUCUGUACCUGACCUCCCCCACUGAGAUCCAGAGGAUUACCUACAGCCAGGAGACCUGUGACAACCUUCAGGAAAUGCUCAGCGAGUUAUUUACCCCCGUGGAGACGCCAGAGGCUCCAAACAGAGGCUUUUUCAAAGGCCUUUUUGGCGGAGGAGCUCAGUCUUUGGACAGAGAAGAACUCUUUGGUGAAACGGCGUCCGGUAAGGCCUCGCGCAGCCUGGCCCAGCACAUCCCAGGCCCGGGCAGCAUGGAGGGCAUGAAGGGAGCGGCCUCCGGGGUCGUAGGGGACCUCGCCCGUGCCAGAGUGGCGCUGGAUGAGAGAGGGCAGAAGCUGGGGGAGCUGGAUGAGAGGACGGCAGCCAUGAUGGCCAGUGCAGACUCCUUCUCAAAGCACGCCCACGACAUGAUGGUGAAGUACAAAGAUAAAAAGUGGUACCAGCUCUGAUGACAGAGAGCGGAGCUCUGGACUCUUGUCGCGAACACCAGUAUCUCCGGGGGGGGCCUGGGCUCCCUCUGUCCUCUGUUUAUUUCCGUGGGCGGGGUUUACUCCGCUCAACAGCAUCACGCUAUUUCUCUUAGCACAGUAUCUUCACUCUCCAUUACUCCAGUCAGCAAAGAUGAGAGUGAAGCCAUCAUUCGGCUUCUCUUCCUCUGUUCCAUCUCAGAGCGACACGGCAAACACGGAUCCCUCCACAUCCGUCAUCAAAUACGUUCUACACACACAAACAGACACACGCGUUGCUUUUCAAGGGGAGACGGAGGGACAGUUCGGCAAAAUAACGUACUCUAGGUGGCCUGGCUGCACUUUUUUUGAUUCCUUUCUAAGCCCUUUAUUGUGUCUGCCAAACACGAGGAGAAAAGUCUGAUCCUUCAACACGUGACCAUUGAGUGAAUGCGUAAGGCUGUGAAGGACUUCUUGGGAAUUUUCUUUCAUGUCGUCACGUAGAAAGGACCUCUAAGCGCUUCGAAUCGUAAAAUAGAUCAAUUGGAUGAAGACUGUGGAUCAGUUGCCUCUUACUUGAACAAGGGCUAUUAGUUCACUAGUUUGUCGCCAACCUUUUUCACACGCACCAAGUUGCUUUAGGUGAGAAUGUUUCCUGAACGUCACUUUGUUUUUAUUUAUUUCCAGAAAGGAAGAUAUUUUGGAAUUGUAGAUUAAACAGGAAGAUUAAAUAUUGGGCAUUAAAAGGUAUACGAGCAAAAAAAAGUGCUAAAAAUGUUUACCCACCCCCCCACCCCCCACCUCGAAGGAAGAGUUUACAUUGUUCUAACGACUGAGUCGAUACACUGGAAAAACCCCGGUGGUUUUACGAUCUUUGGCUUGUUUCUGUCAGAUCGCGUCUUAAUCGCCUAAUAAGGACACAAGUACAUUUUGCUCAGAACUUUUUUGUUUAGUUUUCCAAGGAUCCCAAAUCAAAGUAUUUUGCCGUCCUGUUGUAUCUGAAGUAGAUUUGUCGUUGAUGCGUAUGGAGUGGGAGUGGUGAUGCCUCACAAACACAUUAAAUUGCUCCGCUUAGUGCCACAGCUUCUCUGUUCAACACUGUCUCUCUUUUUUUUGCCUUCGCCUCAUGACCUAGAACCUCUAGCUGCGUUUAGAACACCGAGACCCACGGAAGUAUUCGCCCCUCAUGAGAUUUCUUCCCUCAUCCAUUGAAACGAGGGAUUGCCUAAUAGCUGAAGAUGUUGGAAAAUUAUUCAUGUUUUAUAUAUUUAGAAAUAAAAAUCUAAAUUGUGGAAUGCUUUGGUUUUCAGACCACGCCCUUCGAUCCUCUACCAGAUUUGUAAUUUUCGCCAAUUCUUUAAGAUAACAUGUGAACGUCACAUUUAAUGUUUCGUCAAAGAGAAAUUGGAUUUAGUUUUUUACUUUGACUAGGCCGUUCUAACAAACCACGUUUCUGCUUUUAUUUUAGCCUCCAUCCCUCUCUCUAUCUACCCUGCUACCAGCUUUCCUGUAAAUGCAGAAGACAUGCAUUCCCACUGCAUGACGCUCCCUCCACCAUGUCUCAAUGUGGGGAUGGUGGCUUUAGGGUGAUGUGCAACGUUAGUUUUUAUCUCCAGUGUCCGGUGAGAUCGGGAUAUUGCUUUAUGAGCUAAAUCCUCUUUACAGUUCUUCACAACUGUAUCCCUGACCUCCCUACUGUGUUCCUUGUGACAUUUAUCACCAUGGUUCUCCUUUACAGAACAAAUGGACCUAAACAGAGCUUAAACCAGACACAAUUAGGCUCUGUUUGCUAAUAAGAAGUCCCCUGAAGGCAGUUGGUUGAAUCAGAGAAAAUGUGGGCUGAACCGACAUGCAUGCCACAAUUAUUAGAUUUUUAGACACAAAGGAUUAAAAACCUUUAUAUAAAAAUAGAUUAAAGAUAUUAAAGGGGUAUGGAUAAUUUUGCUAAGCACAGCAUGGGCGUGUGUUGUGAACAUGCUCAUAUGAAGGCCAGUGCUCCUAGCACCAUGUCAAUGAAGGAGCAUCUCUUGUUUUCAAAGGAGGAAAGAAAAAAGACUGUCGGAAGAUAUUGCUGCCAAAUGUUGUAAAUAAUGGGAAGCUUUGACACUGAGCGUGCAAAGC